UCUAUGAGGUUGUUGAAUACAUUGAUUGGGUGAUAAUUUUUUACUUGUGCGUGGUAAGAGCUUGCUUCUUUUUGACAUCGGACUGUUGGACGAAGAACCGGAUUGGCGGGUUCAUAGAGACGCGUAGCAAUAUCGACACUCUGCUAGAAACUGUCUGCUAUCGGAGUGGCAGUUUCCUACCACCAAUACACAGGAACUUUACAGUACUCUAUCGCCGACCAUUGGUCCUCAAUUUACGGACCAAUCAUUGGGAAAUUGCCCACAAAAAUAUCCAAUAUAAGUAAUUCACUAUUUUUAAAGUAGUUGGGAAUGUUUUAUCACUUAUUGAUGAACUACAACAUGACUCUCUUAAAAAGUCUCACUUGAAGAAUUCGGGAACUAUUUCAGAAAAAAAUCAAUCUAUAAUGGAUCAGCUUGGCGAAGGCCAAGCGGUAAUGGUUGGUAGUGCGGGUGGCACUGUUCAAGUAGUACAAAUGAAUCAAACUGGACAGACAAUGAUGCUUCCUCAAACUAUUCAAGUAGCUGCUCCAAGUGGACAAAUUCAAGUAGUGCCUGUUUCAAGUUUGGCAGGAGCAGGGCAGCAAAUUGUAAUACAACAGCCACAAACUCCACAAAUAAUUCAAACUCCUGAUGGACAAACCUACAUUUAUCAGCCUGUUCAACUGGAAGGUCAAGUUCAACAAACCCAACAACCGACUGUAAUAAACAUCAAUGGCAAUUUAAUGCAAAUUGGAGGUUCGUCAGCACAAACGACAUCUUCAGCAGCUGCAACAACUCCAGUGCAACCCAUGUCAAGUCCAACGGCAACAUCAACACAGGGAGGAAAUAUUGUUAUGAUGGUUCCUGGAAAUAGCAAUCAACCUCAAUUUCAACGAGUUGCAUUGCCAAAUGCAGAAUUUUUAGAAGAAGAACCACUGUAUGUAAAUGCUAAACAGUAUAGGCGUAUUUUGAAACGCAGACAAGCAAGAGCGAAAUUAGAAGCUGAAGGAAAGAUACCAAAGGAACGACCUAAAUACCUACAUGAAUCUAGACAUCGUCAUGCUAUGAAUAGAAUUCGGGGUGAAGGAGGCCGAUUCCAUUCUGGACAAGUUAAAAAGAGAAAAAUGCAACGUCGUAGUCCUUGCCCAACGUAAUCAUUAAUUUCUGAAUUAAAAAUCAGGUGAGUACUGCGGCGAAAUAUAUCACUACAAAAUAGUGAUUGAAAUGACGGCGAAAAUGUUAUCUAAACAUCAAAUUCGUGUGUAUUAUUAACAGCAACCAUGUAAUCAGUGCAGGAAUUAUUAUCUAUCGCCGAAAGUGUAUAUAUACACGAAAAUAUGUACAUAUGUAUAUACGCGGAAGAAAUGUUGGUAAAGGUUUAUAAAAAUCACCAGCAGCAGUGCCCUCUUCUCUUUCUCUCUGUUUGAAAGAGAGUCAGUUUUCGGUGAGAAAUGCUGCCAAGAUUUUAUAAUUAGAGAGCACUGCUGCAAAUGAUUUUUAAACAUCUCCAUAUUCACUUCUCUAGCAGCAUUUUUCUCGUGUACACAUAUACCUUUAAGUAAAGAAUUCUUUAUAUCUUUUUUCUAUUAGUUAUAUUUUUAUUAUUAUUUUGUUUUUCCUAUUAUAAUGUUAGACUUCUUGUUACUUAUAAAAAAAAGAACUGAUGUUUAAAUUAAGCAGGAGUUAAGUGUUUAACAAUGUAUUUAUAUUAGUUUUCUUCCUUAUUAAUUGCUUUAAUACAAUUAAAUUAUCAUUAAAAAUUAUAAUUAAAUAUAAUCUUACACUUACA